CGUUCUCUGUUAAAAGCUGCUUUCACUUCGCUAACACGGACACAUAUCGACUUUUAUAGAAGCAUUUAUGACCUUUCUUUAAAAACUUUCUCCUGACUGUUGAACGGCGACCUGCGAAUUAAGUCCGACCGGUCGGUUUUGUUGAGGAAAGAGGAAACUUGGCGUCGUAGAGGUUUUGUCGGGUCGCCUUCGCUUGAAACCUCCGAGCCUCUGUUACGCUGGUGCUGGCUGCAAGGUAACGCACGGAAACGAGCAGAGCUUUGAUGUCGUUGUGACCCUGCGCCCUGUCGACUUUGGCAGAGAUGUGCUUUUCCCCAGACGCCUGCAGUUGGAUGGAUUAACAGGAGUGUCAUUCCCCCUGGUAGAAGAGAGUGUCUGUGUCCAUCGGCAUCUUUCCACCCAGGACCCACAGUGUUGUUGUUGCGCCCAUGAGGUAACGUCAGGACCCGACCACCCCCUCAUUACCACCCUCGGUCCAUCCAUUUCCCUCCCCUGUGCCCCUUCCUCCCUCGGACCCACCCAGCCAUGGGCCAGAAGAUCUCAGGCAGUAUCAAGUCAGUAGACGUACGUGGGGAGCCCUCAUACCGGCCAGUGCGCCGUGAACUCCGGGGUCCGGAUUUCUGUCGGCCCCCUAGGCUGGACCUGCUGCUGGACAUGCCGCCAGCCACCUCGGAGACCCAGCUGCGCCACGCCUGGAACCCCGACGACCGGUCCCUCAAUGUGUUUGUGAAGGAGGACGACAAGCUGACGUUCCACCGACACCCCGUAGCACAGAGCACAGACUGUAUCCGCGGAAAAGUGGGCUACACCAGAGGCCUCCACGUUUGGAGGAUUCAUUGGCCGGCCAGACAGAGAGGCACCCACGCCGUAGUGGGCGUGGCAACCGCCGAAGCACCUUUACACUCAGUGGGCUACACGGCCCUGGUAGGAUCAGACUCGGAGUCCUGGGGCUGGGACCUGGGUCGCAACAGACUGUACCACGACGGAAAGAACCGGCCAGUUUCCACGUCGGCGCCCACAUACCCCUGUUUUCUGGAGCCAGAUGAGUCGUUUGUGCUUCCAGACUCUCUGACAGUCAUACUGGAUAUGGACGAGGGCACACUGAGCUUCAUGGUAGACGGACAGUAUCUGGGAGUAGCUUUCAGAGGCUUAAAGGGCAAGAGACUGUAUCCCAUCGUCAGCGCUGUGUGGGGGCACUGCGAAGUUUCUAUUCGCUACGUCAAUGGAUUAGAUCCGGAGCCCCUCCCCCUCAUGGACCUGUGCAGGCGAGUAGCUCGUCUGGCUCUGGGCAGGGAGCGCAUCCAUCAAAUCGACACACUCCCACUGCCGCAGACUCUCAAGAACUACCUCCAGUACCAGUGACCACACACACAUACAAAAAAUGCACGCGCACACAUCUACAGAUGGGAAGAAAGCGAGGCCCAUUUCUUAUUACAGUGCAAAGCCUCCAAACUGAACUCAAUUCUGCUGUGGACGGGGACGACGACAUCGACUGCGAACAGGCGGUGAAGACAGCGCUGCAAAAAGGGGGGGGUGGUUCUGUUUACAUCAGUUUUAGGGGGCGGGAUGUUUUUAAUCUCAUGGGUUUUUUUCCAGCUUUUUUUGUUUGUUCUUUUGUUUUGUUUUUGUUGUUGUUUCCGACUGCUGUCUUUUUCCUGGAUAGACGACUGUAGAGGAGCUGAUGAAUCACAUGAAGGGUAGUACGAAUAUUGCCAUCUCAGUUUCCUGUAAAUCACAAAGUUGAUCUAAAUCUCCUCAGUCUGAAAGGCCAUACAUGAGAGAGAGAGCCCACACAGCCUCACAAAUAGUGCUUUGAACCCCCCCCCUUUGCUAUUUUUGUCUGUAUUUACACACUAUAGCACUCAUGGAUUACAUACAUCCAGCGAGUGUGUGUGUGUGUGUGUCACGAGUGUGCGGGAACAAAGCCUUCACUGUCUAUAGUAAGAAAACCGCUCACUGACAAGCAGGCAGUUCCCACCUACGGGCUAAAUAACACAAUUUCAGUCUGUUUUGAAUCCUCCUCCUCCCUCCUGCCAGCUUCUCUCCCCCUCUCCUGUGUGUGUGUGUGUGUGU